AUGGCAGAGGAGAAUGGCAAUGGCAGAUCCGAGACAAACGGUAGAUUAGCGUCGAUGGACUCGGUGGAGUCACGGUGGGUGUUUCAAGACGAGGAGGAGGAGGAGGAGGAUGAUGAUUCAGUGAUGGACGACGACGACGACAUUAGGAGAAUGCGGCACGGAGGUGGAUUAGACUCUGAUGAGGAAGACGAGGACACAGCGGAGCAGCGGCUGAUCCGAACUGGGCCCCGCAUCGACUCGUUCGAUGUGGAAGCCCUGGAGAUCCCGAGCGCUCACCGGAACGAUUACUACUACGAGGAGUUGAGUGUGGGAAGGAGAAUAAUACUUACGUUUCAAACGAUGGGAGUUGUAUUUGGUGAUGUUGGAACAAGUCCUUUGUAUACUUUCGAUGUUAUGUUUACAAAGGCACCUAUUAAUGGAGAAGAAGAUGUUAUUGGUGCAUUGUCUUUGGUUCUGUAUACUUUAAUCUUGAUCCCACUUCUUAAGUAUGUCUUUGUUGUUCUUUGGGCCAAUGACGACGGCGAAGGUGGUACUUUUGCUUUGUACUCAUUGAUUUGUCGCCAUGCUAAGGUCAAUCUUCUACCUAAUCAGCUUCCUUCCGAUGCACGAAUAUCUAGCUUCAGGCUCAAGGUGCCCUCCCCAGAACUUGAGAGAUCCUUAAAAAUCAAGGAGAGACUUGAGACAUCGGUCAUUCUCAAAAGAUUGAUUCUCGUGUUAGUGCUUGCUGGUACCUCUAUGUUGAUUGCUGAUGGAGCUGUUACUCCUGCUAUGUCAGUAAUGUCAGCUGUUGGUGGUCUAAAGGUUGGAGUUGCUGCAAUUGAGCAAGAGCAAGUGGUGAUGAUUUCAGUUGCCUUUCUUGUAAUUUUAUUUAGUCUACAGAAGUUUGGGACCAGUAAAGUCGGACUUGCUGUAGGCCCGGCUUUAUUCAUAUGGUUUUGUUCUCUUGCAGCCAUUGGGAUUUAUAACCUUGUUAAAUAUGAUAGCAGUGUCUUUAGUGCAUUUAAUCCUGUUCAUAUAUAUUACUUCUUCAAGCGAAACUCAACUAAGGCCUGGCGUGCACUUGGAGGUUGCUUGCUAUGUGCAACAGGAUCUGAGGCAAUGUUUGCAGAUCUUUGCUACUUUCCUGUGAGAUCAGUGCAGGUAAAGAAGCAAGAAAAUACCUGUUUAAUCAAUUCUGAUUUAUUUAAUAGUGAUCAUUUGCAGCUUACCUUUGUAUUUCUCGUUUUGCCAUGCCUUUUGUUGGGUUAUUUGGGUCAAGCUGCAUACCUCAUGGAACAUCACACUGAAGAUGUGGCCAAGCAAGCUUUCUUUUCUGCGGUUCCAAGUGGUGUUUUCUGGCCUGUCUUCCUCAUUGCUAACUUAGCUGCAUUAAUUGCUAGUCGGACUAUGACUACUGCUACAUUUUCCUGUAUAAAACAAUCAACAGCACUUGGUUGUUUUCCCCGUCUUAAAAUCAUUCACACCUCUCGGAAAUUCAUGGGUCAGAUUUAUAUUCCUGUCAUAAACUGGUUUUUGCUGGUAGUUUGCCUGGUGUUCGUCUGCUCUAUCUCAAGCAUUACUGAGAUGGGAAAUGCAUAUGGAAUUGCUGAGCUAGGAGUGAUGAUGAUGACAACAAUUUUAGUAACUAUUGUUAUGCUUCUUAUAUGGCAGAUAAACAUCAUUACUGUCCUGAGCUUUUUGGUUAUUUUCCUAGGAAUAGAAUUGGUCUUUUUCUCAUCAGUUCUUGCAGGCGUGGGAGAUGGAAGUUGGAUAAUAUUGGUUUUUGCCAUAGUUAUGUUUCUUAUAAUGUUAGUCUGGAACUAUGGGAGCAAGCUCAAGUAUGAAACUGAAGUUAAGCAAAAGCUGUCCAUGGAUUUGGUGCGUGAAUUGGGACCCAAUCUUGGAACGAUCAGAGCCCCUGGCAUUGGUUUGCUUUAUAAUGAGCUGGUGAAAGGAAUACCAGCAAUUUUUGGCCAUUUUCUUACCACUCUUCCGGCUAUCCAUUCGAUGAUUAUAUUUGUGUGUAUAAAGUAUGUUCCAGUUCCAGUAGUACCUCAGGGUGAAAGAUUCCUUUUCCGACGAGUCUGCCCAAAAAGCUACCACAUAUUUCGUUGUAUUGCAAGGUAUGGCUACAAGGAUGUUCGGAAAGAGCAUCACCAGGCAUUUGAACAGCUGCUUAUUGAGAGCCUUGAGAAGUUCCUUCGUCGGGAAGCCCAGGAACGUUUGUUAGAGAGUGAUGGGGAUGAUGAUACAGACUAUGAGGAUGAUUCCUCUAGCACAAGAGUUUUAAUAGCUCCCAAUGGAAGCGUCUACUCACUUGGUGUGCCUCUACUAGCUGAGUACAACACGAGCAAGCCCAUUUCUGAAGCAAGCACAUCUGAGGAGUUAAAGCCAGAGACUGCCGCAGAUCCUACAGGUUCUGAUGCAGAGCAGAGUAUUGAAAGGGAACUGUCUUUUAUUCGCAAGGCUAAAGAAUCUGGGGUCGUAUAUCUUCUUGGCCACGGAGACAUUAGGGCAAGGAAGGAUUCCUGGUUUAUUAAGAAGCUGGUCAUAAACUACUUCUAUGCUUUUCUGAGAAAGAACUGUAGAAGAGGGAUUGCGAAUUUGAGUGUACCCCACUCAAAUCUCAUGCAGGUUGGCAUGACUUACAUGGUUUGA